UUCCUGGGAGUGGAGAAGCAGCCUCGCUCGCUGAGCAGCGAUGAGACCUCGGGAGGCUGCCCGAGUUCUGCAUCCUGAGCUGGGCCCAGGGGAGAGGGCCACUGGCUGACCCGGGGCUCCUGCCCCUGUGCUGACCCCUCCUCCCUUGCCAGUGCCACUCUGGCCCCUCUGGGAGGGGCUGGGAGCAGCAGUGGGGUGCGCUGGUGUAGUCCCAGCGCUCACGGCAGGCCGUGAGCUCACACACAUGCCCCCACCAGGCCUGGUAAACAGGCUGGGUGCCUGGGUCAGCAGCUCCCUCCCUAGGUCUUCCCUCGCCCCCUCAUUCCCUGGGGGUGGCCCGCCUGCCCAGCUCCCCUGCUCCACACCCAGCGUUCUCAGCCCAGAGCAGCCGGGAUGCUGAGACGCCCCGAUGACCCCUCUCAGGGUCGCGGCCACUUCCUUCCCCGACAGACGCCUGGUGUCCCCACUGAGGGCGGUCUCCCGGGUCCCGGGUUCUCUGUGGCUGGAAGGUGUGGAAGUGUGAGGCAGUCACCUUUAGGUGGCAGUAUGGGAGGGGACAGAGAUGGGAGAGACAAAGGCCGAUGGAAAAGGAGAGGAAGGCUGAGGAAGGGCACCUGCCGCCCAUUCUGGCAUCCCCGACCCAGGCUGGCUUACACCUAGGGUGGGUCCUAUCCCGCUGGGUUCCCUACCCUCGCCUCCCUGAUGAGGUCCAGCCUGAUUCCUCUCUCCGAAGUCUCCCCCCACCCCGCCACCUCUAGGAGACACUACCAGCCUAUCUCCUCAGAUGCCCAACCCCCUACCCUGCGCCCCAAACUCCUGGGGCUGGAAAAUGGGAACACUUUGGCAACGGUCUCAUCCCCUUUCCCCCUCCCUCCCUGAUGCACGGGCUCCCUCUCUGUUUCGACACAGGCUCUCAGACUCACAAUUACAGCUCAUUACCCUAUGGGUGGCUGGGCCUGAGUCACUGGGAGGAGGGACUCUGGGCUGCCCAGCCCUGCCGCUUUCUUCCAAGCUACAGUAUAAGGAGUAGCGGCGGGGAGGAGGGCUCUGGGAAGACAGGGACACCUGGGAAAGGAGAGAGAAGGCUGCAGACCUAGAGGAAGGGAGAACGAGAAGUCAGAAGGAAGGAGAGAAGGGAGGAGGGCACGCAGACGCAGGGAAAGGGAAAGGGCAAGCGAGUAAACUUGGGUGGGAAGAAGACACUCAGGAGAGAAGGAACGAGGCAGAGAUGAAGCUACAGGGGUCUCUGGCCUGCCUCCUGCUGGUCCUGUGCCUGGGCAGUGGGGAGGCUGGCCCACUGCUGAGUGGAGGGGAGAGCGCUGGAGCAGGGGUCAUGGAGGCCACUGGACACGGGGUGGGAGAGGCCGUUGGACAAGAAGUGGGAGAGACCAUCAAGCACGGAGUCGGGGAGGCCACUGGCAGAGGGGAUGGAGAGGCAGCGGGUUCUGGAGUCAAGGAGGCCAUGGGCCCCGGGGUGGGGGACGAUCUCGCCCAUGGGGUUGAAGAUGCGGCCCAUGCUCUUGGAAACACUGGGAGUGAGGCUGACAGACAGGCUGAGAACGUCAUUCAGCAUGGAGUGCAUGCUGCCCACAGCUCCCGGCAGGGGAUGCCUGGCGGCAACGGCGCUUUGGGAACACAUGGCCAGCCUCCAUCUGGAGGCCAUGGCACCUCUGGCUCUCCAGGCAAUCCUGGAGGUCCAGGGAUUCCCUGGGACCAUGUGUAUUCUGGAGGCUCAGGUGGCAGCUUUGGGACUAACCCUCAGGGAGGCUCCCGGGGCCACGGAGACCAUGGAGGGGCAUUCAACGUGGGGACCAACACUCAGGCAGCUGUGGCCCAAACUCCUUAUGGCUCAGGGAGAGGCAGCGACAAGCCAAAUGCAGAGGGAAGCAGCAGCGGUGGCAGCAGCAACAGCAGCAGUGGUGGCAGCAGCGGUGGCAGUUCUGGGCUCCACUGGAAAACUCUAGAAAUUUUGAUCAAGGCGGCUACUCCCAGUGAAGUCCACGUGUCCGGGGAAUCUGGGGGUCAGGGGCAAGGGUCUAGCGGUGGAGGGGAAGCUGUCAAUAGAACCAACACCUUGAACUCUCAGACGUCUCCUGGGCUCUUCAACUUUGACGCUUUCUGGAUGAAUUUAAAAUUCAUGCUGGGUUUCAUUAACUGGGACGCCAUCAACAAGGGCCAAGUCUCAAAGCCCAGCACUCGCAUCCUCCUCUACUUCAGGAGACUCUGGGAGAACUUCAAACGCAACACUCCUUUCUUGAACUGGAAAGCAAUUACUGAGCCUGGCACAGGAUGCCAAGACGUGGAAGCUGUAACUUCUAAGAACGACGAUUAUAACCAGCAGACACACCCUACUGCCACUGGGGGGCAGCACUCAGCCAAGAUCCCCACUAAGGGAAGGCUUGCAACCGCCCUGACUCCCACUGCAUGGGGUCUGCCUGGGGGCGAGUGGGGAGUCACGAUUUCCUCCUCGGCUUCCCGGGCGCGACCUGACCUGCUGCAGUGGGUGAAGUUUUGGUAGAGAAUCACUUCCAACCGCGACCGAAGCCCUGAAAACCAUCAGUCAUCAAGGGACCUGACUGUGCCCCUCCCCCAGCUCUUGGUCUGGGUGCUAACACCUGCUUUUUCUAGGUUGGGGACCUGUCUGUCUGUCCCUUGUUUCCUCCCACCCACGGUGGUGUCUCCUUGACCAUCGGCCUCAGUGGAUACGCCAGCCAUUGCUUCACCUGCUCCAUUUUGUGACCUGAAAUCACCGUGACAGAAAUUCAGGAGGCGCGUCCUACUUUAGAGUUUCUCUGUGGAAAUAAAACAUGAGUCUUGUU